CUCCGAGCCCGGCGCUUCGGGCGACUCUGAAAUGGAGCUGCUGCGGAGCCUCCUCUCCCGGACGCUGGGGCUGGGGGGGGAGAAGCCGGAGAAGGUGCUGGACGAGCUGACACUGGAGGGAGUGAGCCGGUUCUUGCGGAGCGAGAGAUGUAAGAACGUCGUGUGCAUGGUGGGCGCCGGGAUCUCCACCUCUGCCGGGAUCCCCGACUUCCGCUCGCCCGGCACCGGGCUCUACGCCAACCUGCAGAGCUACGAGCUGCCCUACCCUGAGGCCAUCUUCGAGAUCAGCUUCUUCAAGCAACACCCCGAGCCCUUCUUCGCCCUGGCCCGGGAGCUGUACCCGGGGCAGUUCAAGCCCACGGUGUGUCACUACUUCAUGCGGCUGCUGCAGGAAAAGGGGCUGCUGCUGCGCUGCUACACCCAGAACAUCGACACGCUGGAGCGGGUGGCGGGGCUGGAGCCCGAGCGGCUGGUGGAGGCUCACGGCACCUUCUUCACCUCCCACUGCCUGCGCCCCUCCUGCCGGCAGCCCUACGGCCUCCAGUGGAUGAAGGAAAGGAUUUUCUCGUCGCUCGUCCCCAAAUGCGAGAAGUGCCAGAGCGUGGUGAAACCUGACAUCGUUUUUUUCGGGGAGAGCCUGCCCUCACGCUUCUUCACUCUCCUGCAGUCAGACUUCCAGAAGGUCGACCUGCUCCUCAUCAUGGGCACCUCGCUGCAGGUCCAGCCCUUCGCCUCCCUUGUCAGCAGAGCGACCCCCUCAUGUCCCUCAUGGGCUUCGGCUGCGGCAUGGACUUCGAUUCGGACAAGGCUUACAGGGAUGUGGCCUGGCUGGGGGAGUGCGACGCCGGCUGCCUGGCGCUGGCCGAGCUGCUGGGCUGGAAGAAGGAGCUGGAGGAGCUGGUGAGGAGGGAGCACGCCGCCAUCGACGCCAAGGCCGCCCGGGGGAGCGAG